CAAUUGGCUUGAUUUCAUCGACUCUUACCCUCAUCAUGAAGUUAUCCUCCAUCACUCUCAUAUCUACCAUUGCACCCCUGGUGGUGUUCGCAACCUGGAAGCUUGACGCUCGCGUUCUGGCACCAGCUCUUGGUGCUAUUGGAUACGUCUGCGGCACCGGCAAUCUUCCCGGCUGCAUCAUCACCGCCGUGUCUGCAAUCAUCUUGACCGCCAUCUCUGGUAUCAACCAAGGCACGCCCUCAGGCACCGAUGGUUCUCCGGUACGCCGUGGUGAAGGCCACAGCAUCAAGCACUACCACAGCGACGGCAGUGUCUUUGACUUUCUCAAUACGACCGCGCUGGAGAAGGGCGCCUGGCAUCGCAUCAUCACCAACGGCGUUGAGCUACUGGCUUCGAAAGGCGACGACGGCAACAACAUGAUCAAAGCCUCAUUGAUUCCCAAAGGCAAUGUCAAGCGUGCCGAAGACCCCAAUGCCAUCCAGGAGGUCACCGCGCAGUGGGGUAACAGGAACUGGCCCGUCUCCAACCAGUGGUCUCAGGAAGAGAUUGACAACAUGGCUUCUCAGCUGCUCAACACCGACAACUUGGACGCGCAGGAGUACUGCAGCACCAUCUCCGAUGACACUGACGAUGACCGCUUCGACCUGUCAUGGACUUUCGACACCACGAACCAUUACCAUAACGAGUUCCCUCCCCCAUGCGGCUUCUAAGCAGUCUCUGAAUUUGCUGGAUACUAUAACCUGCCAAAGCAUGCAUGAUGCAAGCUAAGGUUAUGCUAGACGCCGUACCGAAAGACAAAGAGCGCCAGAGCGUCUGUUUUGUGAGGAAAAUAACGUAUCGUUAUCUUGAAAGCUUCCCUUGAUCUUUCCAUGUUCGUGUUUAUAGAAGACUGGUUGUGCCACAAUUUGGCCUCUUUCGAAUUAUACUAUGCUAGGUUACUUGAAUUUAUUUCUCUGCAUUAGAUUUUCGAGCGCAUUACUCGCGACUCUCUAAAAAGACAACUUAAAGUCAUGCGCUGUUUUCGUUGUCAAGUUCGAGCGGGCGGUAGUGUUCACCUGUCGUAAAAGGGAUUUUUGUGCUCUUGGAGUUUCUAUCAUACUCCUAACAGCGAUGACGGUAU